CGACAAGCGCGCCGUCUGACGACAUUCAGUGAGAAUGACAACGUGCGGACCAGGACAGAACGCGUCGUUAGAGUGAAAAAUAGAAAAACGACGAGCGACACGAUUUGUCGGUGGUGGGUGGUGACCAAGUGAUGACUUCCUAUUUGGGCGUCGCGUCUUAUUGGCAUUUUUUCUUUGAUUUUGUUGUUUGACCACAGACCACAUCCACUGCCUCUACCCAAGCGGUGAUGCCCCCGAAUCAUGCCUCAAUACUCGAUGCCUACGGUGUCCUGGGCUUGCAAGAGGGUGCAUCACUGGAUGUGGUGAAAAACACUUACAAACGAAUUGCAUUGCGCACGCACCCUGACAAAAACCCCAACAACCCAGAUGCCACCCGGGAGUUCCAGCAAGUAGGAGACGCCUACAACACACUCAUCAAGUACCUCGACAAUAGUCAUGAUGAUUAUGAUGACUACUCAGACGAUGAGUACUAUUCCGAUGAUGAGAUGGACUUUUACAUGUUUUUAUUCGAACAAUUUAUGAGAGGACACACUAAUCGCUACAUGCACACCAAGUAUCGUCGUGAGCACUUCAUGCCGAUGAGUGAGUCACCCGAAGAAUACGCCGAGCGUGUGCGCAGGUCUCGUGAAGAGCAAGUCGCAGCCCAGGAGCGUCGCAAGAGAGAGGAUGCCGCCCGCAAGGCAAGGCAAGAGCAAGACAGGGAACGAGCUCGGCGUCAGGCGGAACAGCGACAAAAGGAAAAAGUAGAAGCAAAAAAGUCAGAAGCAGUGGCUCAGCGUAGACAAGCUGAACAGGCGAUACAUACCCGGCUGAAGAUAGCUCAGGCGGUGAGGUCCGCCGUCUUUGCCGCAGCUCGUGCGGACGAUGCAACCAAAGUCAAGGCCGGUGUGUGGGAGGAUGAGGUUGACGCGGCGGGAGGGGAAAUCAAACGUGAUUGCGAGAAGUUUGUCUCGCAAAAACCAAAGGAUCCACAGGAAACCUUGUUGCAUAUCGCCGCCUUAAAAGGUGACCAUGAACUCGUUACGUGGCUUGACGCGCAUACAGAUGCCGACCCCGAGGAGCGCAACGGAGAAGGUCUUACUGCCUUUCAUAUUGCCCUUCGAAAUGGUCACCAAAAGAUCGUCACGUAUUUCUUCGACGCCUUCCCUCCCAAAGACGAAGACUCAGAACCCAUUUAUACACCUCCCGAAUCCACCAAUCUUCUCACUCUUGCCCUUGAUUCCCAUGACCCUGAAGUCGUUUGGAUGAUCCUCGACAAAUCCCUCGCCAGCUCUGACGAUAUCAACAGGGCGUGGUCAUGGGUAACCUCCACCGAGGGACGUAACAUGAUGUUGAAGCCGAAUAACGUCAAUAAAGCUCUUAGUGGUAACGCACGCUUGGAACACUUCAACGACAUUAUCAAACUCCUCAUGCGGUUCGGUGGCUUCACCCCUCCUCCUACUCCCAGCAUGGGUGAGCGGGAGGAGCGGGAUAACUGGCCUACUCAAGAAACCCCCCCAAGUGCAUUUCAUAACAAGCAGCAGAAGCAGAAGCAGAAGCAGAAGCACACACAAUCCCAGAUGCCUCUGGCAGAAGGUCCAAACGAACUCCGGGGACAGAUUGUUCCCGUUGCAGAGAAUAGAGGAGGCGCGAUGCCUCGGGGACGUGGUCGUGGACGAGGGAGGGGUCGUGGACGAGGACGAGGCCAAGUCCCAACAUAG